CCUCCCUGCCCAAAGAGGGGAAAAGCAGCUCGACCCAAUAGCCCCACCACCGUUCAUAAAUACUAAUUUUCAUAGCGAGGGGGGAAUAAAACACACUGACAACCGAACUGCUCUCAACAGUUCCCUUUUGCGUGAUGCCUCUUGCAUAGUUCAGUUUCCUCUUCUUUUCUUUUCUUUUCCCUUUUUUCUUUCUUUCUUUUUCUUUUCUGGAUUUUUUUUUUUCAUCCCCCCACCCCCCCCUUCCCCCCCACCUCCAUUACCAAAAGCAAGGCGGGGGAACGACCAGGUCUGAUGCUUUGUCUCUUUCUUGCCGGCUGCUGGAGAUGAGCCUAGGCUUGACCUGACCAUGAUUCCAAGGACUGGCACUGCUUUUUUACCCCCAGUUUGUAGAGAUCCAGACCUUCUCUUCCUGAUUGUCAAGAAAAUUAAAUUAUUGCUGAAUUUGGGAAUCUAGGCAGCACCAGCUUACUUUUUCCCUGCAUCUCUCUGGAAUAAUUUCUGGGAUAUUUUCCAAAUCAUCACAGAAAGCAGGAGGAAUGAACCGGCAGCUAGUGAAAAUUUUGACAACCUUGUUUGCAUUUUUCUUAAAGACAAACCACUUCAGGACGACUUUCUGUAAAGAACAUGAUUCGAGAUCUGGAAAAUCCCCCUCACAGACCCUGUCUCCUUCAGAUUUUUUGGACAAAUUGAUGGGAAGGACAUCGGGGUAUGAUGCUAGAAUCAGACCAAAUUUUAAAGGUCCUCCAGUAAACGUUACUUGCAAUAUUUUUAUCAACAGUUUUGGAUCAGUCACAGAAACCACAAUGGACUACAGAGUGAACAUUUUUUUGAGACAGCAGUGGAACGACUCACGUCUGGCUUACAGCGAAUAUCCCGAUGAUUCCCUGGAUUUGGAUCCCUCUAUGUUGGACUCUAUUUGGAAACCAGAUUUAUUCUUUGCCAAUGAGAAAGGAGCAAACUUCCAUGAUGUCACAACAGACAACAAGUUGCUGAGAAUUUCUAAAACUGGAAAAGUGUUGUACAGUAUCAGGCUUACUUUAACCUUAUCCUGUCCCAUGGACUUGAAGAAUUUUCCUAUGGAUGUACAGACAUGUACAAUGCAGCUAGAGAGCUUUGGCUACACUAUGAAUGAUCUGAUAUUUGAGUGGCUAAGUGAUGGACCUGUGCAGGUUGCAGAGGGUUUAACCUUGCCACAGUUUAUUUUGAAAGAAGAUAAAGAACUGGGUUAUUGCACAAAACAUUACAACACUGGAAAGUUUACAUGCAUUGAAGUCAAGUUUCAUUUGGAGCGUCAGAUGGGAUACUAUUUAAUCCAGAUGUACAUUCCUAGCCUGCUGAUUGUCAUUUUAUCCUGGGUUUCUUUCUGGAUCAACAUGGAUGCUGCUCCAGCUAGAGUCGCACUGGGUAUCACUACAGUUUUGACAAUGACUACACAAAGCUCAGGAUCGAGAGCUUCCCUCCCAAAAGUCUCCUAUGUGAAAGCUAUCGACAUCUGGAUGGCGGUGUGCCUUCUUUUUGUCUUUGCUGCAUUACUGGAAUAUGCAGCAGUCAACUUUGUUUCAAGGCAGCACAAGGAGUUUCUGAGGCUUCGAAGAAGGCAGAGAAGACAAAACAAGGCACAGACUAUAACUGUUGGGAAUGAAAACAUCAAGUCCGUGCGGCGCAUGAAUGGCUUGCGGAGCAAAGAGUCAUCAGCUUACGGGACAGUGAAUCAGAUCGGCAAUUCAAGUUUGAGGGAAGAUGAAGUUGCUCGUGACAGUCGAUUCAAUUUCAGUGGCUAUGGCAUGGGUCACUGCCUCCAAGUCAAAGAUGGCACAGCAGUCAAGGCUACUCCUCCCAACCCACCUCCUGCACCACCAAAGGAUUCAGAUUCCAUCAAAAAGAAGUUUGUUGACCGUGCAAAAAGGAUUGAUACAAUAUCCCGUGCUGCAUUCCCACUCGCCUUCCUCAUUUUCAACAUCUUUUACUGGAUUACAUAUAAAAUUAUACGGCAUGAGGACAUUCACAAGAAAUAGGCAACUCUGGUUCUUCAAGACUUCUUAGCCAAAGUGAUCCACGUGUAAAUAAACAGCGAAAUAUCUUACUGUCAUUUGGACUAAGGGUUGGUGUGUUGUCGUCGUCCCCAUCGUCGUCGUCCCCCCACCCCCCCCCCGCCCAGGACAAUGAAGAAAAAAUGAACAAAGAGGAUAAGAAGUAUAAAAGGAAAAGUGAUUAAAUAAAAAAUAUGCCGGCAGACCAGUCAAUGAGGGUUCCCCUCAUGUACUCUCAGUGUUGUUCUUCCAGAUUCAGCAUUGAUCAGACAUCUGUAAACGGGGCCAAAUUUUACCCAGCUUUAUCACUAAGAAAAUACCUUACAAAACAAAAGAGAAUCAGAAAACAAACAAUUCUCCUAACACAUCUACCAAGAGACUGUGGUGGCUACAGUACAGUGAGUUAUAAGAGGACCAAACUUUUUCAGGAUGUUGCCUUUCUAUUUGAAACAAGUCUACUGAGCUACAUUCCAUGACCAUGUCUGUAGUUAGUGGUUUCACUAAGGAGUCCUUUUGUGGGUUGUAAAUUAUUUCUACUGAUAGGGGAGAAGAAAAAAAAAAACCGAAAAAAAAAGAUUUAUACUUUACUAUCCUUGUGGGUGUGCAUUUUAAUAUUAUCUUGCUUUACUAGAGUUGUAAUUUUGAACUUGUGUGUUGUGUGAUUUAUUUGAUAGUUGACACUCCAAACCCAGUGAAACUGCCCAGUUUAUUUUUGUUGGAAGCCAGUGCACUUACUUUAUUUUAUGUCUGCUGAUUUUACAUGCAACUUGAGGUGCCAAACUGUAUUUUACCUAUUGUGCUACCCUGUACCACACAGCUUAGUAAGAACUUGUUUCCUCAAAGGUGUAGCUCAGUUUAGCAUUGAGUUUCUAUUACUGCUCUCAUUGUAGCUGCAAUCAAUAGCUCUAUAGGUAAACACAACUUGUUUACAGACCUCUAAUUUGUAUCUUUACUCAAAGUGGCUAUCAUUUUAAAUAUCAUUAAUUAACCUAAGAAUUUUAAAACUGUACUGUGAUUUUCAGACCCUGUUACCUUUUGGUGCCGGAUCUGCGUUAUUCAAAUCCUUGCUACAUGUUUUAAAGUAGAAAAUUAAAAAAAAAAAAAAAAAAAAAAGAUGGUAUUUUUGCUUACACAGAAGACAACCUGUAACAUAAGAUGAAUCAAACAUUAAAAUUUUACACUUGCUGUAAAAGGGUUUAUUAAAAAAUGGUAUUUGUUCAAUUUCAAUAAAGCUAAAUGUGGUACUAACA